GUAAAUGAACACACGUUUAUUAUUUACUCUAACGUAACGACAAUUUUUUCAUUUCGAAAAGAAACACUCGAUGCUUGUUUAAAUGCUUCAUCUCAGAGCGUAAGAAGAAAAUUUAACAGAGUUUGAAUAUUUUUAUAGAUCGUGUCUGCGAUUGAUCGAUCGUGAAAUAACGUGUUUCCCGCAAUGCUUCCAGGGCUGUAAGUUUAUUACCCAGAAACAUCCCGUGGAAACUAUAAUUUCAACAGGAAUACGAUAUUGCCGCACACCUUUGCCGGUGCGCCGUGCUAAUGAACGAACGUUAUUAUUAGUUAAUUUAUUACAAGCGUAAAUUGUAAAUAGGUGCAAGGAAAUCAUAUUGCACGGGUUAUUUAAUCAGAAAAUGUUAAUUAAUUUAAUCACAAUACAUUGCUUAUUUUGUUUUGCCCUUAGAUAUUUGGCUUUAAUCUAUAUUGUUCCAAUUUACAAUUUCGAUUAUAUUUCGUUAUUAAUUAUAUUUUUGAUAAUUUUGUACCGAUGAUGAUUAUUCUAUAUCGAUAGAAUGAUAGAAACAAUUAAAUUAUUUCGUAAUAUAUAUGAAAUAUUAUAUAUCUUCAAAUUUCUAAUAUAAAUAUAAAUAAUUUUUAUAGGAAAAAUAAUUCGAAUCACAAGGAAGAAGUAAAAUCUUCAAGCAACGAAGAUCGCGAUAUCGAUGUUUUCAAAAAGUAUUUUUUAAUUAAACGAAAAUUUAACAGGUAAAGAUUCUUUCUAUUUAAUAAAAAUUAAAAAGCUUCUGAUAGAAAUUGAAAUAUUAACAAAUUUUUAUGUUAAUGAAUAUUUUAUUAGGCGAACCGGAUUGACUUAUGAUAUUAUAUGAUAAUUUUAAUCAAAGUCGAACGGAAAUUCCUCGAGAUGCAUACAAGGAGAGAGAAAGAGAACCGAGAUUAUGGUUGACGCAUUUAGUCGAACAUGUUUAAGGUGAUGCUCGACUAAUGAUCCUGAUAUUUAAUAACGAUGCUAUCAUAUUUUGUUCACGUUAACUUUUUAUAUUAUAUACGCAUAGCAAUGCGUUUCCUUCUUAUUGUGUGUAAAGCAUAUGAGAUAUCGUUACACUUCCGCGAUUAUACAGUCCUGCGUCAUGUUAUCCUUGUAUUUUUUUUUAAAUGUUUGUGAUAUGAUAUAUACAAUGUAUAUAUAUUUAUGUAACAAUCCGAUCUUUAGUAAUUUAUGUCAAGAAUUUUUUAUUUAAUAACUUAGGAAUUUCUCAAAUUUAUUCCGAGAAGAAAAAGAACGAUGAAUAACGAAACUUCAAUAAUAAGCCUUUUAUCUUGUGGAAUGUAACUGCCUCAAUAAAGGAAAAUAUUGUUAGAAGUCUUUUUAUAUAUUUAUAAAAUAAAUAUAUGAUAAAAUAACUAAAUUCUUUCAAAAAACGAUUGUAUAAUUAAAUGUUACAAAGCAAUCUUGCUUUUAAACGAGCAAUAUGUAAGUUGAUUUAUUGAUGUCUGACUGUUUUACUUGUAAGUCUUACACUUGAUCGUGUAUAUUCGUUCAUAAAAGAAAAUAUAAAUUUACAAGCUUUGAUCAAGCUUUUAUUUCUUAAAUAAUAUCACGAGAUCAACGUUUUGCAUCACGAAAUAUCAUGAUAUUUGUAUAUAAGAUCCAAAAGAUGUGAUCAAUUUUUAAAUUCAAUAUUUCGAGUUUACACAUUUUUUCAAUUAAAUAUCAAUAGAAUCAAUAAUAAUUAAAUUGAAUAAAUUAUAUUAUCUCGAAUAUAAUAUAAUUUAUAUAUUUAUUACAAUUUAUAAUAUAUAUUUAUUAAUACAAAAGAAACGUAGAAUAUGAACCAACUAACAAUUGAUGAGCUGCAAAUUAAAUUAACGUUCCAUUUAUCACAUUCAUCGUCGAACACUCAUGAAUUAUCUGGUUAAUUUAUUCUUUCAACUGAACGCUCAAGUUGGCCAUGAAAAAAAAACGCAUAUUUUUUAAGAGCAUUUCAUUCCAAGAAUGCAAUUGUAACGGGCAUAUACGGCGGCAGUAUGAAAGCAUACGACAGUAAUGCAAAUCCAAGUGUAGAGGGAGGAAUAACGAAAGAAAGGGACGGAAUGGUUGAGAAAAAGAGAGGGGAAAGCACUGGGUAGUGGCCGCGAGCGAUGGUGCGAGAGAGAAGGAGGAAGGGAGGGAGAAGCCACAGUGAAGAGCAUUCGAGUCAGCUUGACGGUGCCGGUCGCCUCAGUAUGCUGCGCAGCGCGCAGGCUCGCGUACGCGUAUUGUUUCUCUCUGUUCUCGUCUCCUUUGCUCUUCUCUCUUUCCUUGUUUUCCCUCUUUCUCUCUCCUGCUGUCCCGUACGUAUGCAGCGCGGCUAGAAUACGCAAGUACAAACAUUUCGCAAGUCUCUUUCGCGUUUAUGUCGUUCCGUUAAGUUUUUUGUCUCUCUGUUGAUCACGGACACCAGGAUAAUUCGAUGAAAUUCAGGUUCCUUCGUAUAAAUAUUGUGAAUAACGUUUGGUGUGCACAUGCGACCGGUAUGCCGGUGAUUCGAAUUUAAUCGAGAACCUGUUAUUAACGCGUGUGCGUGUACACGUUUAUACGUAUGCGAGUCUGUAUACGUCGUGACACAGUGACACGGUGCGUAAAGUUGGCGAUAAAGAAGAGUUGUAGCUCACAGCGAAAAGCGUCAUAGAAGAGUAGGAAAUUUCGAUAUAUUCAACGAUAUAUUUUGAAACUUUGACACAUCAAAAACAGCCGCAGUGGAUGAUUCUAAAGUAGAGAUUCAAGAGACUCAAUGUGGAUACUAAGAUAUAAUAAAGCGCAGUGAGUGGCAGAACGGUUACGAAACGCGUAGAAGGAGACGUGGCACGAAAUGAAGCGAACGUAUCCUCGUACGAUCGAUAACUAUAGCAUCUCAGUAAAUAUCAAGCGGUUCGUAUUUCCAGCGCGCACGAACCUAACCUAGCGAAUUAUCUGUUUUCUCAUACCUUGUAUAUUUGUAAACACAGUUGAAGAAGUCUUGUGAGUCGAGUAAUUCGAAGAAGGGAUGUUGACGUGAAAGUGACAUUUCACACUCGAAGCGUAGAAGUAUCCAGAAUAUGAGAAUGAAAAUCUUGUAGUUAUCGAGGAAGUAAUAUUCCGUUGUACGCCAUCUUGAUAUGUCGACGAAUAUCGAUGACAGGUGGUGAAUGUGAUUGUUAAUCGACCGCGCGAGAUUCGAUCAGUCGUGAUCGAAUGUUCGAUAUAUUCUUUGGUGCGAACGCGUGUGUAACGGUCAAAAGAACGUCCCGGAAGAUUCUUUCCAGUGUAACGUACGAGGAGACAGAAAAUUACGAAAGGCGAAUAAAGCAACGAAGAAGAGAGAAUCCGAGGCGCUUUUAUUUUUAGCCAACGCCGGUUCGCGCAUCGCAAAAACCGGUUUCAAGUCUCGGCUUGGGUUGAGCCACGAGGUAAGGUGCGUAUAUAGAGAAGGGUUUUCGCUGAAAAGGGAGGAAGUGAGAGGGAAAGACACGCGAUGUAAAGGUAUAUGGUUUUCUCUCUGUUGGUUAAGAAAGAAAGAAAGAGUGAUACAGAACGUGGAAUUCGCCUAAGCCGAUACACACCUCCCCCUACUUCUCUUCUUUCUUCUCCCACCUCGAACUAUCGAUUGCGUGCAUGCACGCGCCUAUCCAUACUCGAUGUGUUACGUGACAUCGUACCGGGAGUGUAUAAUAUUCGAUUAUUAAGUGCAUCGUCGAUGAGAUGUUCAUCGCCGAAUAAUUAACCAAUCAGUCUGAAAAUAUAAAUUCACAGACAUCGAUAGAUCGUUACAGUUCUCGAAUCAAUUUAUGAAAAAGUGUGAGAAAUUGGUGCGAAAAGAGAAAGUGAAUCGAAGGAACAUGACAAUCGAAUAAAAUCGAAUAAAAAGUAAAAGGAAGUGACGGGAAGUGUCUAUAUUGGAUUGUUGCAUGAUACACGAGAUUGACGAAGACACGAAAACGGCAUGAAGAAUGGCAACCGAUUCGAGCAACCGUCAAGGUGUAAGGGCGGUCGCCACGACGACAACCGAUCCACAUCGAAGCGAAAAACGCGCCGUCGCGGCACGAGGCGCCGCCGGUGCUCUAGCCCUCAGUAUUCUGGCCGUGGUCCUCCAAUCGGCAGCUACCGCGACCCCCACUUGGGGAUAUUUCACCAAUCCUGACGCUGGUUCAGCAGCCGAGAAGGGAUACUUUGGUCCAUGGAGGCAGUGCAAACUUUUAUUAUACGGUAGAGAAAGAUGCGGCCAAGGGGUUUCCAGGUUUCAACCAGUGUUGGCUGUGUGGGUGGCAGGAUUAGCUGCUGCGACCGCCUCCGCCCUUUUGGCCAUCCUGGUGGGUCUUGCCGUGCUACAACUUGCGAUGGCCUCCUCGGCAAAGCGAGUUAUUAUCUCGUACAGCACCGCUUUGAUAGGGAAAGUGGCACUCGCCACUUUGGCCACUUCGUUGGCGAUCGUAGCAGCGAGUCUGUUCGCUUUACAGACCGAUGACAGAGCUAGCAGCUUCAUUGUCACGAGGGGAGAAGCGUUUUAUAUGCAGUUGGCUGCCAUCGCUUUGAACUUUGGUGUGCUGAUCACUGCAGUGUACGAGGGUAUUUAUGCUCGACGAGGUGGUGAUCCAACGAAGAUUAGGGUUGUCGGUGAUCCACGUGCAGGAACCAUAAAUAAUCCUGGAUAUCGGGAACAUCAACCCACGAAUGGUGGCACCAUCUCGAUGACAGACGCCAGUGGCAAGCCUUACGUCGGCGGAGCCGGAAACGGCUCGAUGGCGUCUGUGGCGACUUCCGGAAGCGUCACGAGCACAGCAUCGCCACUUCGAAGCUCCCUCAAGAAGCCAAAACCGCUCGGUAUUCACAAUCCCGGUUUCUCGGCCCACAGCCCCACUCUUUCGAGAAAUGGUUCGCAAAAGAAAGUGCGAAUUCAGACCCACUCAACCGAGGUUUAACGUGUAUCAGCGAGGAUGGAACAGCCUCGAUGAUUUUCUUUUUUUUUUUUUUUUCACGCGAGUCGACUCGACGUCGACUUCGUCGGAAGAAGCAUUCCUAAGAAGCGAAGCGCGUGAAGUGUGCACGAACUGUGGACUGAUUAUUCCACGAACUUUUCUACUAGCUUUCAGGUACCUUUGGAGAAGGAAAAAAAAAAAAAAAGAAAAAGAAUCGCGAUACUAAGAAUUUCGUAUAAUUAACUUAUAUCGGGCCUUUCAGCAACAUUUUGAACGAAGUUUCAGUUUCUCCCUCAUCCUCUAUAAUUAAAAUAUAAGUUUUUCCAGUAGAAGUUUAAAAAGUUAUUUGAAGAAAAUUUUCAUGGCUCAUCAUUUAAGGUGGAUGCAAAUGUCGUAUGUGUGCGUAUGUAAGUUUUUAUUAUUAUUUGUAAAAAGUACAUUUUUAACGAUAGAUUUUAAAUAGGAAUUUUAGAAUUAUUUAAUUUUACGAUCGAACAAACCUUACGUUCAUAGAUGAUUCUCGAUCGAAUAAACGAUUCGAUAUAAAGAACGAACAUAUUAAUUAACCUUCGAUCGACGGAAAUCUCCGAUAAUCGCUCGGUUCGUUCGAUUAUUGGAGAACUUCCGGCUGAGAGAGAGAGCAAAAGAGAGAGAGAGACACCUUUUAAUCGAAAGAAUUCUGUCAAAAGUUAAAAAGUUGCGACUGAAAGGGCCGAUAGUUUUAUCGCGUGAUGAAAGGACGAGCGUGAGGACGUAGGAAAUAAACUUGGUUGGAAAUGAUCGAGCGGGGAAAUUGCUCCGGUUAUAAUUUCCAAUGACGUCUUGACGUCUCUUCGAGAGUGUUGCAACCUUCUCUCAAACUGUCUAAACUGUUCUGAAACGAUAUUUAUAGUCGAUGUGACAAUAUCGAUUUGACGGGUCCAUGAAAGUUACAUAGAUCCAAAUCUCCGCUUAAAAAGAUAUCAUUCACGAUAGAAAUUCGAAUUCGAACGUUUCCUCACGUUCCACAGUUCGUCCAUUUCUUUUUUUUUUUUAUUUUUUUCAUAAAUAUCGUCAAACGCCUAAAUUACAAGCAAAUAAUUAAAUUAUUCGAUGAUGUUUUUACUUUUUUCUUUUCUUUUCUUUUUUUUUUUUUUUUGAGAUUGGUAUUAGAUUGAAAAGAAAGAUGUGAUUGAAAAGACGUCUACGCCAGGAGAAGAGGAAUGCCGAUUUAGAGCUCGAUCGAUCGAGGAUCGAGAUGUUCGGUCAAUCGUGAGGCGUUCGGUGAGAUUACAAUUUAAGUUCCCAGCGGUUCCAGCCGUGAACAAGAAGAAAUUAACCCUUUGCGGUCUGGUUGCUUCACGCAAUAAGCUGUCCGGCUUGUUUCAGAACCGUAUCGAUUGCGAGGUAACUUUUUUUAAAUCAAUAUUAUAAUUAAAUAUUAUCAGGUAAACGUGUUUUUUGUUUUGUCUUUUUUUAAAUAUUUUUUUAAACGUUCUUUCCACACGAAAGAAAUAAAUUUAUUUGUUACUGUUAUCUUAUAUCUAUAAAUCAAAUAUCUUAUUCGAACAGCAAGAUUCUCAAUUUCUAUUCGAUUUUCUAAUAAUCUUUUACAAGCUUUCAUCCAAUAAAUAUACUGUUGGAUCACUAUGUCAUCCCACGCAACGUGUCGUACGUACACGUUUAGACCGCAAAUGGUUAAUAGAAUUUGAUCGGACGAUAAACCGUAUCGAUUAUUCUGGCAACGUGUAAUUGUUUAAUCAAGAUCGGCGCAUUGACGAUCACGACGACGAUGCGAGAGUUAAGUGGCAUCCACCUAUAAUCGAUAUCGAAGAUAACGAUUAUUUGGUGAACGAAUUUCCCGCCACGUGAAACAUUUAGGGAAUGGAACGAUUAAUUAAAUCCAGUUGCGUUAAAUCGAGCAUGAUUUAAGGAAGGAGGAAAGGAAAAAAGAAGAUAGCAAUAAUUCUUAUUAUCGUCGUUCAAUUAUUGAUUUUAUGUCACGGUUGGAACGGCGUGUUACUAUGGGUAUUAUGGGUGGUCGAAAGGAGAGAAAUUAAUGCCGAUUGUUAACUAUCGUUUUUUUUUUCGCGUGAGAUCGAAACUCGAUGCCGUAAAUCUGGCUUCGUUUGAUUGAAAAUAUUAUAGAAUUAAAUUCGCGAACUGGUGUGACCGAUAUCAUUAUUGGAAUGCACGAAUUAAUCGAUACCUGACUCCGAUCGUGUAAUUUCGCUAAGUAUUCUUUAUCUUUGAUCAUUAAAAGGGAAGGUGUAAAUUAUUUAAUUGGAGUUAUUGCGAAGUAUUUAUAUAUAUAUAUAAUGUAUUGCAGAUAUAUGGAAUACUUAAUGAAAUUAAUUUUUAUCUCAUCAAAUUCGAGGUGCGAUCCGUUUCUUAAAAUCCUUAUAUUUAAAAUGUAUUUAUUUUUUUAUUUAUUUUUGCACCCGAGAGAGAUAUUUAUCGAAUUUAUUUCGUCGUCGACGAGCAAUAAAAUAAAAUUCAAGAUGGCCACCUCGAACUUAGAUAUCACGCACACAUUCCUUUCGCCUCUAUAUUGUUGCAUUGUCAGGAAAUUAACAAAUAGAUUUCUUCUAUUUGCUAAAUUCAAAAGAAAAGAAAGAAGAAGAAGAAAUAAGGAGAUCUGCAUUCCAAUAAUAAUAUCGUUCCACGUCAAUCGCAGGAUACGUGAUACAUUUUUCUAGUUUCCCUUCCCUUUUCUUUCAUUUCCUCCAUAUUUUUUUCUCCCCCUCGUUCCAGUUUCUUCAAUCUAAUCUCUUCUCUAUACCCCUGUACACUCCUUGUUCGUCGCAUAGUAGGUUUAACUCGACGUUUCCUCGUUCGAGGAACGAAGUAUAAAUAAAAUAUUUACUGCGUCGCAUCCGUCCAGCCCUGCGUAGGCAGCUAGCCGUCAAACGGUGAGAGUUAUAUAUAUAUAUAUAAAUAUAAAUAUAUAAAUAUAUUUAUAUUUUUUAGCAAUUGUUUUAAUAUAUAUAUAUAUAUAUAAAUAUGAGAAAGAAAUUUAUAUAAAUAUAUAAAUAUGUAUAUGUUUUUAUUAUUUGCGCGCGCACGGUACUCGAGAUAUAAUUGAGAUUUUGUUUCGCUCGUGUCAUUUGUCUCGAGAGAGAGAGAGAAAAAGAAAGAGAGAAAGAGAGUGUGUUUUACUCGUUAGAAAGUAUAUAAUUAUUAAUAUUAUUUUUUAUUACUGUUGCUGUUGGUGUCGUGACACUAUUCCUUUCUUCAAGUUUUUUUUUUUCUUUUUAUGCUUCUUUUUCGUCGAUAGUUUCCAAGUUAUUUAUGAUUUUUAUUCGAGGAUUUAUAUCGAAUACUGAUGAUUUUCUUCACUUCGUCCCUUCCUUUUAAUUACCUUCUUCUUCUUUUUUUAUUUUUCCUUUUUAUUACGCGUAGGACUUUGUGCGCAUAGUUGUUGAUACUUUAUUUAUUUAAUUCGAAUUGAAGAUCGAAAUCAAUUUUUUUUUAUCAUUUCCUGUACGAUUUUUGGUCGACAUUAUUUUUAACGAAAGAUUUUUGUUUCUUUUUUUUUUUUUUUUUCUUUUAAGAUUUUUUUAUUUAGAACAUUAAUAUUUCGUCGGUUUGAAUUAUAUUUAAUAGUAAAUUAUAGAAAUUUAUCCGUUCCACUAGUUAAACUGGGAUUUUUUCUUAAAUAUAUCUUUUUUUAAAGAUAAUUCGUGAGAUUUAUAUUUUUUGUGGAUAUAAUCAUCCGCGUUUUUAUCGUUAAUAAAAACUUUUGUCGAAACGAAUCAUACGAGCUGAGUGUCUUUUUCUUAAGAUCUACGCAAGAAUUAUUUCGAUAUCCAAAAGAUCGAAAAGAAAUUCUGUAUUAAAGGUUUAUUUUAAAAAAAAAUUUUUAUUCAUAAUUCUUAAUGAUAUUCUUUUUCACAAAAUUGAUACUGCAAGAUCACCAAUUCUCUAAGCCUUAUUUAAUAAUUUCGAUUAAUUCGUAAGAAAAUUUCUUCUUCUUCUAUUAAAAAUAAUCCUUACGUGUUCAAGAUUAAUGUGUUCAACAUUCUACACGUUAAGAAAAGUUAUUAUUAUUGUUUAAUAAAAAGAUUGUUAGAAAAUUUACAAAAAAGCAAAACAAAAAAAAAUCGAAAAAAUAUAAAAUUAAAAAAUUUUAUAGGAGGAAAAAGAAAAAAAUAAUUCUUUUCUGGAUUUCGAAAAAAAAAGCGCUUGCGUGAACUCUGUCUUCUUUAAGAAACGACAGUUGAAGUGAGAUCGAUACAAUAUAAAUUACUCGUGCAAAUGUAAUCUUAUAUUUAAAGAAAGAAAAAAAGGAAAAAAAGAAAAAAAAAAGGAAAAUUCGUAUUUCCACUUUUUUGCACAUUUUGCUAUCGAAAUCGAUGCAUCGCGAAUAUUGUGCGUGUCUCGAUGAAUUUUGUAACUGAUCAAUACGACGUUGAAUCGUGCGAGGACUGUAUGCGAGGAAAUCGAUAAUAAAGGAAUUUCUAUGAUUCACGAUCACCUGCAA